AAAUAAUUAUUGACAGUACUAAAAUAUAUGUUAUCGAAGAAGGAAAUAUAUGAAAGCUGAAACUAUCAAACUGUCAAUACAUUAUUAUUGUCUUUUAGGAACAUUCAUUGACUAAUCACUGAUCAUCCACCUCUACAUGCGCGGUAUUGCAUCCUUCGUGCUAACAUGAACUUAGAAAGAAUUGCUAAACAUAUCCAUGAAUAUCAUUUACACUUUUUCAUUCGGUUCAUUCACUGAUCAUCUUUAGGUUAUAUAAUCAGCACAAAAUGACAGUGAAGUAAAAUAAAUUCGGUAACCCAACCAUCAUAUGCGCUGCACAUACAUGUUCUACGGUGCGUAUUUAUUUCCCCGCAAAGGCCCAUUUUCACCGAAGCAGGUUUAUGUUCUUAAACAACAUAUGAAUCUCAUUUGAACUUUUUUAAAUUUAAAUGUUACAGAACUAGUAUGAGAACCGGAAAGGAAUUGUAGCUGGAAUGAUUCUGAACAAUUUUUCCCUUUGAGAAAAUGUUGACUGAGGUUUUGUUUUUAAAUUAUUAAGGGAAACCACCAAACAAGAACGUGCGAAAAGCGCACGCUCAUAGCGCUAACAAUAGAUUCGAGCGUGACAGCUUGCCAUGAUUUGGUUUUGUUGCAAUUAAGAGUGGGUUAACAUUAAUAAAGAAAGACAUCGGAUACAGAGCAAUCUGGGGAGGGAUUCAUGGAUUCAAAAGAAACAGAUUGAGGCGAAACUGAAAGAGCCGACUUUUUCUGCGGGUAGAACCAUUAUAUCAUAUUCGAGAUUUUUAAAAUAAUAAAUACGUAAAAUACAUGGUGGACGAAGAAAAUGUACUUUUUUAAUUUCCAUACACAUUUUGACGAACAAAGUCGUAAAAACCAAAUCCUUGGAAAUACGCAAAUAGACAUAACAAAGUCAACAGGUAUCAAACGAUGUGAAGUAUAGAUUGAUAUGGCACGUCAUCGGUCAUAACUUUGCGUUAAUAGCUUGAGUUUAAGAAUUAAGUGGAUCAAAUGAAUAAAUGAACAAAUUUCGCCGUUACGUUCCAGUAUGACAUCUGAUGCAUAUAUGCAAAGAUACAAUUGAUUCCCAUACCUAGAAAGAAAGCAAGCUAAAGAGCAAAGUUAAUUCUCUGGUGACUUCUCUGAAAUAAGUGGGAAGAACUGGACUAACUUCAUGCAGUAUUAGCAGUAAAGCCAAGUUCAUGUGAUUCCGAACUGGUCAUGCAACUAUGCAUUGAUUAGCUAAUGCAUUAAUUUUCAGGAAUUAGGAUGAAACCAUGUUUCACAUCCAAAAAUGUUAUUGGACUAAUUUGCUUAGAUUGUUGUUCUCUGUCACAUAAUAUUAAAUAAAUGCAAUUACUUUUUAACAUCCUGUAUUAUAGGCGUUGACGCCAAAUCUAGAAAGAAAAUGCAAUACAAAUAGAUUUAAUUUCAACUUCUCGUACGAGACACUCAGUCUAUUAUUGUAUUUAUGGUUGAGGUAGUAUCGUAUUGGUAAUAUUUGAAAUUUCAGUUGAUAAUUUACCAACGAAGAUAAACUUCUCUUGACUAACAACUAACUUCUCAUCAUUAAGGUAUCUCGACAAUUGAUGAUUAUUAUGCAGUCAUUAAAUAUCAAAUUUUAUGUUAAAGUGUAUUAUAUUGGGGGCGUGUUUCAUGUAUUAUAUUCUUCAUUUACGAGAUUCUAUUGGUGAUUUAGGGUUUAUAAAUAUAUGAUUUGUUGUUCAUUUUAAUAUGAUCAUUUGUCAUAUAUUUUAAGAAGUUCAUUGCUGUCGUUGACAUUUACGUUGAAAGUGCUAGUAUGUGUCCAAUUUUUGUCCCGAAACAUUAUGUUAUAGUGGAUUUUAUAAUAAUGAACAAUUUUUAAUAAAUAUCAUAAAAAAUUACAAAGCUAGAAAUAGCAGAAUCUACAGUGGAUAACAUUAUGGAGAGUAUUAAUGGGCAGUUGCAAACCAGAUAUCAAAAAAUUGCCACAGAAUAUUCAAAAAUUCGAGCCCAAGCAAAUGUUUUAAAAAAGGCUGUGAUUGAUGAACAAGCACGCAGUGCAGAUAUCCGAGAACAAUUAAAAGAAAAGGAGGUGGAACUUCGAAGAGCAGAGCAAGAAUUAGACAGUUUAUCAUUUAGAAAUCAUCAAUUGACCAAACGUAUAACUGUAUUACAAGAAGAAUUGGAUAAAUUACAAAACAAAUCUAAAAAGGGAAAGAAUAAAUUAUCUGAAAGUAAUAGUCAAUUAUCACCACCACCACCAAACCACAUCCUAAAUGAAGAAUUUCAAAAGAAAAUAGUUGAAAAUGCUCAACUAUUAUCUCAAAUCAAUGACAAAGAUAGUGAAAUUGAAACUCUGAAUGAAAGAAUACAACAAUUAGAAUAUAAAUUAGAUCAAUGUGAAAAAUCUAAAAUUGAAUUAGAAUGCCAAUAUCAGAAUACCACAGAUAAAUUAGAAAGGGAAAGAAACGAAUUGCUAAAAAAAUUAAACGAUAAACAGAGACAAGAAGAAACUGUAUCGUGGUCUAGUAAUGAAGGCAAACGAGAUGGUUAUGAAUUUGAGUCUAGAAUAGGACAUUCUAGUCAGUCUCAACUGGAACUGUCUCCAUUUUCAUCGCCAUUAGCAUCACGUCGUUUAUCAAAAUCUAUUGGUGAAGGUCAUCCUCCUAAAGUACAGGAAGACAAUAAUGAAUGUGACAGUUCAAAAUCUUAUGAUUUAGAAAAGGAAAUGAAUUAUUGGAAAUCACAAUAUCACAUACUUAAAAUAAAAUAUGAUGAAGUAGAACAAAGAGAAUGCUUAAAACAUUUACAAAUUGAGAACGAACCUUUGCAACCUGUAGAAAUAAAUCAUAUGAUUGGAAAGCUAAUUGUACCUUUUGCAAUACCAGAGGAAAUUGAAGCUCGUGAAGCAAAAAUCCGAGAUUAUUUUCUGCAAGAAAUGGACAAAUUAAUUACAGAAAAACAUAUUUAUCACGUGAAAAAUUUAGCUAUGGCUGCUAACAGUGAAGUUAUGCAAGUCCAUUUAGACACAAGUGAAUCAAAUCGAGAAAAGUGUGAAUCUGCACUUGCAGAGGCACUUUCAAAUUAUAAUAUUUUACAAAAAGAUAAAGAAGUGCAAGAAGGAAAUUACAAAGCUCAACUUAAUACUAUGAGUGAACAUCUUGCUAUUAUGAAUGAGAAACUUGUUGCACAGACAGAAGAAAUACAACAAUUAAAAUUUCAACUUGUAAAUAAGAAUAGUAAAAAAGGAAAACAGAAGUGAUAUACAUCAGAUUGUUAAUUAACGACUAAUCACAUUCCAACAGCAACAUGUUUUAAUCAGAACUAUCAAUAUCCUUAAUUUUAUGUACAUAUGAAAGUUGCAUGUAGUAAAUAAUAAUUGCAAUUUUAAUCAU